AUGGGCAACAUUGACCUGCAGAAUGUCUCUUCGAAUGCGAUCUCCUCGCCCAAUCUGAACACAGACCACCUCGCCUACGAUGAAAAGACAAGCAGCCGCGCCUCGCGCUUCGUUGGCAACAUGCUGGUCUCGCGCAUCAGCCGCGCCUCAUGGCAGUCGCUUGAGUCCACUGCGCGCCUACCGUUCUACCUCUCGCCAUGGGGCGACAACACGCCCUUCACCUUGCCCAACAUCCGCAAGCGCGAUGUCGCCUUGGCAGGUGUUGCGCACCUCGGGCUGGAUGCCCUGGGAGCGAGUGCGGUGACCGUUAUGGAGAAGGCAAUGGAACACGCCGUCUCAGCGACGGUGGAGCAGUCUGCAGACAUGGGCCUAGAGAAAGUCACGGGCCGACUCGGUAAAGGCCGCGUCGUCGAGCGCAAAGUCGGCAUGAACAGUCUCACCCUGCAGAUCCGGCACAAGCUCAUCGGCGAGGCGGCGGAGCUAGGUUUCUUAGGCGUGCAUGACUCGGCAGACUGGAUGAGUUGUGCGAAGGGCUGGUUCUGCCCUUACCUGGAUACCGUGGGACAGUCGGUCUUUAAAUCCAACUAUGGCAACGUAUCCCGGCUUCAGGAGAAUGGCAGUCUUUGUGGCGGGGAUAUCGCCGUAUCGGUGGGUAACCACGCGGUCUGCUUGGUCCCAUUCGAGGAUACCGAAUGA